AUGGAUGUUGCUGCUGCCUGGUGGUCCGCCCUUCCGCAUUCGGAAUACUGGUCCAGCGAAUAUAGCGCUUUGUACCAGCGUCUUUUCAUAUCAUCUCGCAUGGGGCUCACACCAGUCUGUUAUGCGCCAAAUGACACACGUGUUCUCAUGAGAAUUGAGUGCGGCCCCGCAGACUCCGGCUCCGGCUCUGCUCCACCCUUCGCAUCACUGGGCAAAGAAUCUUUAGUUCUCAUCGUUAUCAUAAUCUUCGACGUCGUCGCCAUUGCCCUAUGCAUCAUCGCUACUGGUGGGUCAGCACGCUCAUAG